GCAAAGCGGCCUUAUUUACCUGGGCACAGCCUCAGCCUCCCCGGUGGGAGGCUCGGGGUGGCCAAUCCUCUCCCACCGGGGAGCUCCUCUCGGGGCGCGGCCGAGGGGGCCGCCAGGCCCCAGCGCUGGGCGCGGGGCGCGGCCGGGCCCUGCUGGCCAGGCCAGCACCUCGGCCGCCUCCCCGCUUCGUCGGCGCCCAUGCCGGGCUCCCCAUGACGGGAGGACGCCCGGUGAACAGCGUGGCAUGAGCCAGGAGCCCGGGCUGAGGUAAGAGUGAGCGAGGAAGAUGUCCAGCCCUGGAGUCAACGGCGACCCCAAGCCCCCAUGCUUGCCUCGAAAUGGCCUGGUGAAGCUACCAGGCCAGCCCAACGGCCUGGGCACAGCCAGCAUCACCAAGGGCACGCCAGCUGCCAAGAACCGCCCCUGCCAGCCUCUGCCCCCACCCACCCUUCCACCACCCAGCCUGGCUACUCCAAUGCCUCGGGCUGCUCUGGCUGGGGGCCUGUGCCCCCCGGCAGGGCUCCCCCUUGGUGGACCAGCCUCAGCCCCGGUGCCCGGGCCCCCAGUAGAGCGGCCACCGCUGGCCACAGACGAAAAGAUCCUCAAUGGCCUUUUCUGGUACUUCUCAGCCUGCGAGAAGUGUGUGCUGGCCCAGGUGUGCAAGGCCUGGAGGCGUGUGCUCUACCAGCCCAAGUUCUGGGUGGGCCUCACACCUGUGCUGCACGCCAAGGAGCUCUACAAUGUGCUGCCUGGUGGUGAGAAGGAGUUCGUGAACCUGCAGGGCUUUGCUGCACGUGGCUUUGAGGGCUUCUGCCUGGUUGGUGUCUCUGACCUGGACAUCUGUGAGUUCAUUGACAACUAUGCCCUCUCCAAGAAGGGUGUCAAGGCCAUGAGCCUCAAGCGCUCCACCAUCACUGACGCCGGCUUGGAGGUAAUGCUGGAACAGAUGCAGGGUGUGGUGCGCCUUGAGUUGUCCGGCUGCAAUGACUUCACGGAGGCGGGGCUGUGGUCCAGCCUGAGCGCACGCAUCACCUCGCUGAGCGUGAGUGACUGCAUCAAUGUGGCAGACGAUGCCAUCGCGGCCAUCUCGCAGCUGCUGCCCAACCUGGCAGAGCUGAGCUUGCAGGCCUACCAUGUGACAGACACGGCGCUGGCCUACUUCACAGCGCGCCAGGGCCACAGCACACACACGCUGCGCCUGCUCUCCUGCUGGGAGAUCACCAACCACGGCGUGGUCAACGUGGUGCACAGCCUGCCCAACCUCACCGCGCUCAGCCUUUCUGGCUGCUCUAAAGUUACUGAUGAUGGCGUGGAGCUUGUGGCGGAGAACCUGCGCAAGCUCCGCAGCCUCGACCUCUCCUGGUGCCCACGCAUCACCGACAUGGCGCUGGAGUACGUGGCCUGCGACCUGCACCGCCUGGAGGAGCUAGUGCUGGACAGGUGUGUACGCAUCACCGACACUGGCCUCAGCUACUUGUCCACAAUGUCGUCCCUACGCAGCCUCUACCUGAGAUGGUGCUGCCAGGUGCAGGACUUCGGCCUGAAGCACCUCCUGGCUAUGAGGAGUUUGCGUCUCCUGUCUCUGGCAGGCUGUCCGCUGCUGACCACCACGGGCCUCUCGGGACUGGUGCAGCUGCAGGAGCUGGAGGAGCUGGAGUUGACCAACUGCCCCGGAGCCACCCCCGAGCUCUUCAAGUACUUCUCGCAGCACCUGCCCCGUUGCCUCGUCAUCGAGUAGCGCGGGGGAUCCUCGCCCCCGUCGUAGGAACCCGCCACGCUCUGGGCGGGGACACGGGGGCGCCGCUGAGCCCCCUCUCCCGGCCCUGCCCUCAGGGGAGCCCCCACACCCAGCGCGGGAGGCGGGACAAACCGAGGGACAGCCCCGCCCCGCGCCCCAUGGCCCCUCCGCUCCUCUCCUGGCCCCGCCUGGGCAGGGAGGGGCGUCGGGCGGGACCAGCCCUACGCACGCACGCACGCACACUCGGGGAUUUGUGCAUGCCCCUCGUGCCCGCCCUGCACGCCCGCCCUCCACCACGCCGCAGCCGCCUCCAUCUUUCGCCCGCCCGCUGGGGGGGGCCAGGCCCGGUCCUGGGGGCACUUUAAGCUCGCCAGAUGGCCGCCGCCCUUACCGACUUCCCCGCCGCACCCUGCUCUGUCUCCCGGCUGUUCCCCAAUCCCGGGCAGGGCCCUGGGGGAUUGAGGGGGGCUGGGUACCCCAGAAGACAGGGACCCAGAAGAGCCCCAUGGGCUGUCGGCGUCUUCCACCGACCGCAUCGCGCCUGCAGCCCUCCAAGGGUUGCGAAGGGAAACAGGCCGCCGCUAAAGCCAUGGCCCUCUGAGGAGCCCAAGUCCCACUCGCCCUUCCCCCACCCCAUGCCAGCCUGACCCAACCUCCCGUCUUCAUUGCCAGUGUGAAGCAGUCCCCUGCUCACCCCACCCCCACCCGCAGGCCUACAAGUCCUUGGGCCCUGGCCAAGCUGGGGCAGAAUUGGGUUGGGAGAUGGGCAGAGUGGAUGACAGUGACCUUGGCAUAAUCAACAUUAGCCCACCCACUCCAGUGCACCUCAACCCAGAGGUGGUACAGCUACCUUGUCAGACCCCAAGCUGGAGCGACACUCAGGGCCUGCAGGCCUUGGGAGCAGUCCUGGGUGGAACCUACACUGGAGGCCCUGUAGCCAAGCUGGGCCCAGGCCCCUCAGUGCUACACUUCACCCUGGGCAGGUUUCCAUCAGGUGGAAGCUGAAAAACUGGGCCCCAGCCAAGGCUCGGUCAGCAUCAGCAAGCAACUCUGAUCUUCCAGUGGCCAGCACAUCCUCAGCACCGAGGAGGGAGGGCACCUUUCUAGCUGCCCCCCACCCCUCCCCAGCUCCCCAAACCUCUGCUUGCCCAAGUGGGCUCUGACCGUGUUCUGUCCGAUCCCAAGACAUUCGGAAGUCCUAGGGGAUGCUGGCACAUCUUGGCAAUUGCUGAGGAGGGGGCUGGGACCCCUUUCCAUCCCAACCUUGAACCCCCGGAGAUAUAGCACCCACACCUAAUCUUGGGACACCCCCACCCCCAUCUGGUUGGAAAAGAGUAACCAGUUUCCAGAGAGCCAGAGAGUGAGAGAAUGAGAGAGAGAGGGGGAGAGAGAGAGAGAGAGCGCGCGCGAGAGAAAGAGAGAUGCUACUGAAGCAGAGAAACAGUUCAACAGCCCAAAGAUCUCUCUGCCCCUGGAGUGCUGGAAGGAGGCUUCCUGGGUUGAGGUGGUCAGGAGCCAGUUUCUUCAGCCCGUCCUCCCCACAGUUCCUUAGUGGGGAGGGGGCAGCUGUCCAUUUGUCCAAAGUAUUAAUGCAACUGAAGCUGUGAUAUUUCCAACGACUGUAGGAGGAAAAUUUAAGGGGAGAGAGGAAAACAAAACCAACCAACCCCUAAAAUCAUUUUCUUACUGUACAUAACGACCUCAUUCUCCUGUAUAUGCGGAAGAUAUAACCUUAUAUUUGGUAAGUGUUUCUUGUGCUAUUUUAUCACGUGACCUGUUUAUAAAAAUAUAUAUUAAAAAAGUUGUAAAAACA